UAAAUUUUACAUACCUAUUUUUCAAUUUAUUAAUAUAAUUGGAACGGCUUAUUAAAAAAUAUCAAUGAAACAGAGGUCGUGACUAAUCACAGUAUGUUCAGGGUCAUUAGAAAUUCGUCGACGUUCGCCAAUGUAGGAAGAAUAAAGUUCCCUGAAAAGUUUAAAGGGACAAUCAUAGAAAAAUGGGCUGACUACUGGAAAAACUUAUUUAUUGACUAUCGUCAAAUGCUGCAAGACCUCCGGACUGAUAUUCAAGAUGAACCUAUAAAGGCCUUAAAGUGGACAGCUGGAAUUGCAACAGUUGUUUUACUAGCACGUAAUAAUCCAAAUGAAAUGGAUUUUAAGGACUACCUAAAGAGGAUUACUAAUGAAGUAGUUCUCGUUAGCGAAGAAUGCCAAAAUCCAACCUCUGUGGGUCAUUUGAGAUUCCUCGACACCUGCUACAAUGAAGGUCUGAUUCACUACAGGAACCUUGGAGUAGCUUCAAUUAUGUACACAUCUGAAUUGAAUAAUGAAUGUGAUUUGUAUAAAGGUCAAUGCUCUUACCUACAGCCAACAUACUUUAGUUUCCCAUCGCGAAUAGUUGAUGUGGGUAUCAUGGGCAGAUGGUGGAAUAUUUAUAUAAAAACUAAUAAUUAUGAUGUAAAUGUUUAGAUUUGUUGUAGAAUUACUAAAUUGUAAAUAAAUUGUUGUUGAAAGAUCAGUUUUUAGAUUUUUCUAGUAACCAAGACAGAAGCAGCCAUGUCAAAACAAUGUUAGUAGCUCAGAAGUUCACUGGUAGC